UAUUACAAGCUCAGGUCUCAAACCAAAAUUCUCCAUAAACCCUCCUGCUCUCCUCCCUCGGCCAUUUAGCAGCCCAGCACUAGUCACAGUUAGAAGAAGAAGAUAGAGAAGAAUAUUAGCUAUGUUGGCCUCUGCAUUCUCGGUCUCUUCUUGCAAGGGAAAUUUUAGCCGAGAUGUUUCAUAUCUUCAAAGGCCAGUUAUUGUUUCAAGAAUAAAACAAUUGCAGCCAAGUUGUUUUGGACUUAAAACAGUAUCUGUCUUGGGUAGAGUGUUAGCAUCAAGAUCUCACUACGCGUUGUGCUUUUCUGCAUCACAACCUUCUAAAGUACUUUCAAUUGCAAAACGUAGAAUGGUGUGUAGCAACUCAAUGGCCAGUGAUUUGGAGCUGCAAGCUAAAGUGACAACCAAGUGCUUCUUUGAUGUAGAAGUUGGGGGUGAACUUGUUGGUAGGAUUGUAAUGGGUCUGUUUGGAGAUAUUGUUCCUAAAACUGUCGAGAACUUCCGUGCUUUGUGCACAGGAGAGAAAGGAUAUGGUUACAAAGGAUGCUCCUUCCACCGUAUUAUCAAAGAUUUCAUGAUCCAGGGAGGGGACUUCACUGAAGGAGAUGGCACUGGAGGGAUCAGUAUUUAUGGUUCUAGUUUUGAAGAUGAGAAUUUCACCUUGAAGCAUGUUGGACCCGGAGUGUUGAGCAUGGCCAAUGCUGGCCCUAAUACCAAUGGCAGCCAAUUUUUCAUUUGCACAGUAAAGACUCCAUGGCUGGACAAUCGUCAUGUUGUUUUUGGAAAUGUCAUCGAUGGAAUGGAUGUUGUGCGGAAACUUGAAUCCCAAGAAACAAGUAGAUCGGAUAUCCCUCGGUUGCCUUGCAGAAUUGUCAACUGUGGAGAGCUACCACUGGAUGGAUGAUCUGUCUGUGUUCUCAUCAUAUCAACAACCACUGAUUACAAAUUUCGAUUUGGUCCAUUAUUCCAUUUUUGUUCUCACCUCUUGGUUGUGCAUGUUUAUGCAAAAACUCAUGUAUUUGGGAUUAUAUUUUCCGUCGCUGAGAGAAAUGCAAAUGAAACAUUAUACUCUCACAUGUGUCCAUGUAUUAUGCUAUGGGUGAAUAUGGACAUGAGAUUCUAUCAUCCAUGUAAUCAAGAGAGAGAGAGAGCUCAACUUGACAAGCCUGAUUGAUGAAUUUAGCUACAUCAAGCCCUAUAUAGUAUACAACAGGUAUUUGUCAUACUCUGUUCUGUCUGGUGAUCUGGAAAUUGCACUUGUGGAUCUAGAUUAUGUCUCAACCUCGGCCAGUUAAUUGUUAUCAUGGCACUGAUUAUUAUUGUUAUUUGACAAGUAUCGAAUUGCUUAAAAUUAUUUGUAUAAUGCCUGGAAAAAAUGUUGAAUGGAUAAUAAUUCUUCUGGAGA